GGGCAAGAUUUCGCUCCUGGAUUUCCUCCGCAAAACCAACGCGGACGGCAAGAUCUCAGCCUGGCUGAAGAAGGCCCACGCCGAGCUGCCGGAGGACGGGCGCCCGACUCUGGAAGCCCACGCAGCGCGGCACGAGUGCCGCGGAGAAAAGCUUGUGGCGGCGGACACGCUGUCUCGGCUCGGCGACAAGUUCUACGGCCAAUGGCUCAUGCUCCACGUCCCGUUCGAGAGCCCGCAGGACUUCUUGUCGCCGAUCGCCGAGCGGCUGGCGCGAGUCCCGGAGGAGCACCGCAACUUCGCGGCGGCGAUGCUCUGCGAGCACGAAGUGGCGCGGCGAGCCUGGGGCAGCGAGGCGGCCAUGCGAGAGGAGCUGCAGCUAGAAGCCAUCACCCCGGCCUUCGCGGACACGAUCUUGGGCUUCGUCGCGGCCAACAAGCAGCUUCUCCAGAAGUACCUGACGGGGGAGGCCAGCGCGGCGGAGGAGGCGGCGGCACGGCAGGCCGGUCAGGCAACGGGCGCUGGCGGCCCCGCCGCGGGCUCGGGGGACCUGAACCGCGAGCAGCGGCGGCUGAAGCAGUCGGUUGACGAGGCGGUGGAGCGCAGCCUAGCGGCGCAAGCUGCGGCCACGGAGGCGGAGGCUGACUUGAUCGUCCGAGAGGCCCGCGAGCGCGGCAAGGUCUUCGUCUGCUCGGGCCCGCCGGGCACGGGCAAGACCACCGCGGCGCUGGCUUGCGUGGAAGGCGCUCUAGAAAAAGGAGGCCAAGUCUUGUUCGCCUACCCCACCAAGCGGCAAGCGAGCAGGAUGCGGGCCCGAAUGAGCGCCGACGUGGCGGUGGACACCUACCACGCGGCGUUCGGCCUGGACUUGGAGCCGGGGGCCUGCGUCGCAGGCCUUGCGCAAUACGCCCUCAUCGUGGUCGACGAGUUCAGCCAACUCCAGAAGGCCCACUUUGAACACAUCGUGAAGUUGUGGCAGAUGGCGGACAAUUUGCCCGCGCUGCUGCUUGCCGGCGAUCCGCAGCAGAUCGCCGGGUACGGCGAGGAGCGGGCUUGGCACAGCCCGCUCUGGAAGCGGGCGGCGAGACACAUCAGGCUCCACGAGACCUACCGCUGCAAGGACCCGGCCUUCAACAAGAUACUGCAAGAGCUGCGAACCAGCCGCCCCUGCGCGGCGACCUUGAAGACCUUGCAGAAGAUGAAGGCUUGGGCGCCGCCGCAGAAGCCCGACGCAAACGGCAUCCGGAGGCUGCUCAAAGCGCACCCGGAGACAACAGUGCUCUGUUGCUCCCGAGCGGGGGCGCAGAGGGUCAACGACCUCGCGCUGGAGGGCCUGUAUCCGAGCGGCUGCCCGCUCGCCGUCGUCUCCGGCGACGUGGAGUCCAACCCCGCCAACUACCAAGACGGCAAACUGAAGGCCGACUUCGAGGAGGGCGACUUCACGCAGCUCCGGUCUAUCGAGUUGCCGAUCUACAAGGGCAUGCGGGUGGUUUUCACGCGCAACGUUCGGAAGGACAUCGACUACGUGAGUGGCAUGGACGGCCACGUCGUGGAGGUCCACGCGGAGAGCAAGGCGGUCGAGGUGCUAACGAGCACGGGCCACCGCGUCAUGGCCUGGCCUUGGAGCGACGUGGAGCUGGGGGGCAUGGUCUACCACCCGCUGAAGGCCGGCUACGCGGACACGAUCUUGAAGUUUCAGGGCGCCGAGCUGGCGCACGUCACGGCCUACCUGGACGCGCCCAAGGUGCCGGGCGCCGGCUACACGGCCCUGAGCCGCUCCAGCGCGGCUUGCGCCGCGGAGCGCGCCCCCUACGCGCGGCUGCCGAGUUUGCGCGAAGCCUGCCGUCUGCGGACGAGAGCCAAGAAGCUGCCAGAGCCACUCGCUUCCCUGGUCAUCGCCGAGGGCCUGACGUUCCAAGCCACAGGCGCGGGGCCGCGCGAGGAUGAAGACGGCGGAGAGCAGCUGUUCGAGCAAGAGGCCUUGCGCCGGCUCGAGAAGGUGAUCGAGCUCCGCGACGAGACCGACCCAGCGGCGGCGGAGGAGUUGGCCGCUGAGCUGGAGCGGGCCGGCAGCCCUCUCGUGUGCCUGGGCGAGCCGGGGACCGGGAAGACCUUUGUCGCGGACUACCUCAUCCGCUGGGCGCAGGACCAAGGACUCCGCGUCCUCUACGCCUUGCCGACGGGGCAGUUAGCCUGUCGCAUGCGGCAGCGGCAUCCGGGCCUGGCGGUGGAUACGUGCGCCGGGGCCUUCCUGUUCCAUCGGCCGCUGCCCGAGGCGCUAGCCCUCCUCUCCGAGUACGAUAUGGUGGUCAUCGACGAGGCAUUGCAGCUGAGCGCAGAGGAGUUCGGCCGAGUCGACGCCAUGUACCUGGCGGCGGGCAAGCGCCUGCUCCUCUUGCUCAUGGGGGACGACUGGCAGCUGCCUUCCAUUUGCCCGCAGGGCGCAGCCGACCAUCCGCAGUGGCGCCUGUGCCGCUUCGUCACUCUGACUGAGGCGCGCCGCUGUCGAUGCCCGGAGCUGGCGGCCAAGCUGCGCGCCAUCCGCUGCCUCAAGCCGACCGGGGCGGACGGGCAAAGGAUCGUGAACAAGAUCUGCGCCCGCCACAAGGCCUGGAGCGGCCACGACGAGCCCACCGCCUUGGAUGUUGAGAGCGUCCUGGACAAGACCGAGGGGAAGACCACCUUCGUGACCUGCACCCGCAGGGGCGCGGCCGUCAUCAACCAGCACGCCGUGCAAGUGCUUUUCGCGAACCGCAACAAGCGCCCCAAGGCGGUCAUUCCCGCGGACUACCAGGAGAACCCGGAGAACUACAACGCGAAGGGCCAGCUGCGAACCGACCGGGCGCCGCUGCCGUCGGACCUGACCGUCUAUGUUGGGUUGCGCGUGGUCUUGACCCGCAACCAGGACAAAGAGAACCACUUCGUGAAUGGGACGGUCGCGACUGUGGAGGCCUUCGACCCCGCAGCUCGCAGCCUCCGCGUGAUGACGGACAGCGGCCGGCGCUUGGCGGUCUACCCCUACACGGACGUCGACGCCCCGGGCGGUCGCGUGGUGUACUUCCCGGUCCGCCUCGGCUACGCGGGCACGAUCUACAAGUAUCAGGGCGCCGAGUUGGAGCAUGUCACGUUGUGGCUGGACCGGACCUACUGCAAGGCCGCCGCUUACGUCGCCUUAUCGCGCGUGUCGCGCGACUCUGACUACCUCAUCGGCGGGGAGGUCACGACGGCGCACUUCGCGCCCGCCAAGUGA